UCCUUCCUUCAACCAAAACUUGCAUAUCGUUUAGUUGGUAAAUACUUUAGACUGUAUAAAUACUUUUACUACUUAGAGUGAAUAUAAUUUUUUCACCAUAUGUCAUGCAAAAAAGAAAAAGAAAGACACAUUCAAAAGAUUCUAAAGUCAUGAAACAAAACAAAAACAGCACAGAAACAAUUUUUCUCCUAUGAUGUUCUGUCUUAGCUUCUUUCUCUGCUUUUCAUGAGAUUAUUGGCUUUUUGCUCUUUUCAUUUUUCUAUAAAUUCAGUGUUGUUUUUAGAGGUGUGAAAGGGCAACAAAUAUAAUUUGAUGGAAAGAAUUGAAGCAAUGGAGAAAUUUUGUUGUGGGCUAAGUCACCUCUACAUGACAGUAUUUUUGAGUUGCUUCUCUGCAUUCAUGGUGAUUCCAUCUAUGACUGAUGUUAGUUUAUCAGCCAUUUGUCCUGGACAAGAUGAAUGUUCACUUGCUAUUUACCUUACUGGGGUUCAACAAGUGAUAGUAGGAUUGGGAUCACUAGUGAUGAUGCCAGUGUUGGGGAAUUUGUCAGACACAUAUGGGAGAAAAGUCAUGCUUACUGUUCCCAUGACUCUUUCCAUCUUCCCUCUAGCGAUAUUGGCAUACAGCAGGACAAAAUACUUUUUCUAUGCUUACUACGUGCUAAGGACCCUCAUUGCUAUGACUUGUGAAGGAAGUGUUGAGUUUCUUGCUCUUGCCUAUGUGGCUGAUAAUGUUCCAGAAACUCGUCGUGCUUCUGUUUUUGGAGUCCUCUCAGGAAUUGCUUCUUCUGCCUUUGUCUGUGGAAACCUCUCUGCUAGAUUCCUAUCCACUGCUUCCACUUUCCAAGUUGCUACAGCAAUGGCAGUGAUAUCUUUAGUAUACAUGAAGAUGUUCCUCCCAGAGUCGAUAAUGAAAGACAACAAUUUUUCGAAUGAAACAGAGGCUAUUUGUCUAUUGGAAAAAGCUCCAAAGAAAGGAUUAGAAUUUUUCAAGACAUUGCCUUCUUUUUGUGAUAUGCUCUACUUGUUAAAGACCAGCUCAACAUUCUUACAUGCAGCUAUUGUUUCGUUUUUUGUCAAUGUUGCACAAGUUGGCCUUGAGGCUUCUUUACUUUUUUUCUUGAAGGCACAAUUUCACUUUGACAAAACUCAAUUUGCUGAUUUGAUGAUAAUUUCUGGGAUAGCAGGAUCCAUAUCACAGCUACUUCUCAUGCCCAUAGUAGUUCCUGCUUUUGGAGAAGAGAAGUUGCUUUCUAUUGGCCUCUUCUUCAGUUGUUUUCAUAUGGUGCUUUACAGCAUUGCUUGGUCCUUUUGGGUCCCUUAUCUUGGUGCUUUGAUCUCUGUUUUGUCUAUUUUUGCAAUGCCUUGUUUAAAGAGCAUUGUAUCUAAGCAAAUUGGACCAAAUGAGCAGGGAAAAGUCCAGGGGUGCAUCACAGGCAUAUGUUCAUUCGCAAGCGUAGUUUCUCCACUAAUAUUUAGCCCUUUAACAGCUUUAUUUCUAUCGCAAAAUGCACCCUUUCAUUUCCCCGGAUUCGGUAUAGCUUGUGCUGCCUUUGCCUCGAUGCUAGCCUUCAUUCAGAGUCUCAUGAUAAAGCCUAAUAAUGAUGUAGCCAAUUCCAGUGUAAAUGAUUCAAAUUUAGCAGAGCCAUAGCCUUGCAAAUUAGAGUAACCACAUUGUAUAUAUAGUACUUUAUUUACUAAUUUAUUCUAUUUUUGAAGCCAAAUAUUAGUUACCUGACCCUCUUCCUAAUGGGAUAUUAAGAAUUUGUAGAAAUGUAUGAAAUCAAUUAUUAAGUAGAUAUUUAAGGUUUUUUUGUAUGCUAUUUAUUAUUAAAAGUGAAUGCAAUAUGAUGUAAUUUAUUUUCUUCAA